GACUAUUGACUAUUUUAUUUACCUCAAUUGUUGAAAAACUGUUUCGUGAAUUUCGGAUUCUGCUGGAGUGUUUGUUGAUAUAAAGGAAAUGUGUUACUAACCAAUACAUACGAUGAAGAAGUUCGCGACAGGACAACAAAAUGUUCGCAUUUUUUGGAUGAUGAUUUUUGUGAAACUAAAUGUCAAUAUGGUACCUAUUGAAGGAAACUGCGAAUGCACUUCAUGUGUGAAAUCUUGUUUUGAUUCUGUUGGUUGCAAUCCAGGAGAAGUGCUUGUUGGAAAUAAUAGUCAUCCAGUGUGUGUUGCCUGUCCAGUGGGCCAUUACUGUUUAGGGGGACAAAAUGCAUCGGAAAUUUGCCCUUUUGGAACGUACAAUAAUUUGACUGGCCAGUCAGAUGUUCAAUCUUGCAAGGAUUGCCCUACUGGUCAUUAUUGUCCAACAACUAAUGUAUCACCAAUUCCUUGCGAAAAUGGUUUUUAUUCUGAUGAUAAAAAACAGACCAAAUGCUCCCUUUGUCCUGAAGGUUACCGUUGUUCUAGUGGAAGCGAUAAACCAAUAGCUUGCUCUCCUGGAGAUUUUAGUCAGGCUGGAAACAGCACAUGCUCUUUUUGUCCUGGUGGUUAUGAGUGUAUUAAUGGAACUUCGCCAAGACAAUGUCCAAUUGGCACAUAUGCUUAUGUUCGCUCUGAAAAAUGUUCUAUUUGUCCUGCUGGUUUCAAAUGCAGUCGUGCAGGACUUGACGCCCCUGAGAAAUGCGAGGAAGGGUAUUACAACAGUGUCCCUGGUCAAGAUAGUUGCGUGGUAUGUGAAUCUGGCAGAGAAUGUGUAAACAGAAUAAAUUCAUUGCCAUGUAAGGCUGGUUAUUACAGUGGUGAAGGACAAAUAAAUUGCACUCGUUGUCCGUCUGGAACAUACAGCAAGACUUUAGCAUCGGUUUGCCUUCCAUGCCCAGCUGGAAACGAAUGUUUGGAUCCAUCCUUGCCACCAGUCAAUUGUUCCGAAGGUUUUUUUUCUCGAAAAAGUGAUGGUGUCUGUAAACAGUGCGAAGCAGGAACAUUAAGCUCCUCAUUUCGGACAGAAUGUAUUCCUUGUCCACCUGGGUAUUAUUGUCCAAUCGCCACGCUUUCAAAAGUUCCCUGUCCUGCAGGAAUGUAUUCAUUAGGUGGAGCAAAAUACAAUUGCACAGCUUGUCGUGCUGGUACUGCCUGUCCUUACAGUGGAUCUUCUCCCGUAUCAUGUACUGGAGGUACUUAUUCUGAAGAUUUUUCUGUCGAGUGUACGGUUUGUCCUGCUGGCUACCGAUGUCCCAGAAAUGGACGGCCAGAACCUUGUCCUUUUUCGGCUGAUGCUGGAUUUUACUACAGCACUGCCAGCAUGCUUGACUGUGUAAAGUGCCCAAACCGUGCUACUGGUCGAAUAUGUUCUUCAUCAAAUGUUCUUCCGAGCAGUUGCAAAAAUGGGGAGAUACCGAAUUACAAUGGAACAUUUUGCACUCCAUGUCGAGCUGGAUAUUACUGCUCAGCAGCAGCAAAUUUUGAAGAGAAAAGUUGUCCACAGGGUCAAUGGAGUUUAGAAGGCUCAUCUCAAUGUAGUAAUUGCCCCCUUGGAUUUGAAUGUCCUACAAAAGAUAACCUUCCAAAAGCAUGUUUAUCUGGCUGGUAUGCAUCAAACAAGAACUCCCUUUCAUGUACAAAAUGCCCCGCAGGAUUUUAUUGUGCAAAUAGCAAGAGUUCUCCAAAGCUUUGCCCUAGCGGUAUGUUCAGUAAUGCUGGUGAAACGGUUUGUACUCGUUGCCCACCAGGUUAUGCAUGCGCAAAUGCUUCUGCUGCUACCAAAACUUUAUGUUCUGCGGGAGAGUAUGCUACUGGAAAUGCUAUCAGAUGCACGAUUUGUCCACGUGGACAUUAUUGUCCUUCAAUAAGGCAUGCUCUUGAAAUUCCUUGUUCUCUUGGAACCUAUUCAAAUGGCGGUCAAGCGAUGUGCACAAAUUGCCCCCCGGGUAAGAUGUGUCCAUUUCGUGAUGGCACCGGCAUUCGUGACUGCAUCCCGGGGGAGUAUUCAAUUGGAAAAGCAAUCAGUUGUACACCUUGCCCCAUUGGUUUUUCAUGUCCAAAUGUCACGAGCAAUUUUAAGAUUGCAUGUCAACCUGGGACAUUUUCAACUGGAAAACAAACUAGCUGUACAAAUUGCCCGGCUGGCUCAUAUUGUCCGAGAACGGAUAUGAAUUUAAAAGUUGUUUGUGAGAACGGUUAUUACUCAAUAUCCAAUUCUUCAAGAUGUACGCGUUGUCCUCCUGGCUAUAAAUGUCCAUACAAAAAUCAAGAUAUACAAGAGUUGUGCCCAAAUGGUACGUACUCUCUUGGGGGUCAAAUCGAUUGCAGCAAGUGUCAUGCUGGGUUUUUCUGUGAAAAAAAAGAUGCUGGCCCGCAAAAGUGUCAACCUGGAUACUACAGUGAAAAAAAUUCACCUACUUGUAAGCCAUGUGAAGCAGGAUAUGAAUGUUCGAACCCAGCAGUUCCUGUUAAAUGUCCAAGUGGAACAUAUUCUGGUCCGGCCUCUUUACUAUGUUAUGCUUGCGAUGCUGGCUAUAUAUGUCAAGAAGGUUCGUCAUCAUCAAGACCCUCUCAAGGUAUUUGUGAGUCUGGAGGUUGGUGUGAUGGCAAAACUUUCUAUUCGUGUCCAGUUGGUUCAUACAAUCCUCACAAUGGAUCCACGUCCUCUAUGGCAUGUAUCCCUUGUCCAGCUGGUUAUUACUGCAUGAACAGUGGUUUAAAUUCAUAUUUAAAUUACAUUUGUCCUGCUGGUUACUUCUGUCCCAUUGGUACAAAACGUAACGACGAAUUUCCUUGUCCUGCUGGAACAAACUCAAGUCUGACAAAUCAAACAUCAAUUGAAGCAUGUAAACCUUGUCCCGAAACUUUGUAUUGUGUUCGUGGUUCGGAAGUUGGUCAAAUAUGUCCUGCUGGAUAUUUCUGUCCUCAGGGUACAGGAGCCCCUCGUAGGUUUGCUUGUCCCAUCGGAACAUAUAGCUCUAUCCUUGGGCUAAAGAAUGGAACAGAAUGUAUUGAAUGUCCAGUUGGCCACUACUGUCCUGAUGGAUCGCAAAACCAACCCACCGUCGCUCCCACUCCGUGUCCUCCGGGUACCUACAACACGAAAACAAGGAUUGGAUAUCUUUUAAAUUGUGAACCCUGUCCUUCUGGUUAUGCAUGUCCACGUUCGGGUCAGAAGAUAUACAAUGAUACUUGUCAGGAAGGUUACUAUUGUCCAAACGGCACUAUUUCACCAUCCCAAUAUCCUUGUUUUCCUGGUACUUAUACUAACCGUACUGAUCUCACCAGCGCAGAAGAAUGUACUCCUUGUCCACGUGGUAAAUCAUGCGGCUGGGGAACGGCUGUAUCUUUCAACAAAUGGAAGGAUUGCCAACAGGGACACUACUGUCCUCUGGGCACAGCAUCUCCAACAAAAUAUCCUUGUCCUCCUGGAACGUAUUCAAACAGCUCUGAUCUUUAUGCACCAGAGAACUGCACUCAUUGUCUCAAGGGAAGCUAUUGUCCUGGAGGAGAACCCUAUCCACGUGGGUUAUGUCCUCCCGGGCAUUAUUGUCCUGUCCAAACGAAGUUUGCUGAGCAAUUUCCAUGUCCAAACAGAACGUAUAAUGUUCACUACGGAAAAUGGAAUGAAAGUCAAUGUGAAGAAUGUACUUUGGGUCAUUUUUGCGAGCUUGGUACUGUUCAACCAAUCCCUUGUCCUGUUGGUACGUACAUGCCAUAUGGAAAAAACGUGACAAGUAGUAAAUCCAAUGGUGUUGCAGCUGGUUAUCAGGCUGAUUGUCUUCCUUGUACGAUGGGAUUUUACUGUCUUAAUGCAACUAUUUCACCAUUUCCAUGUGGUAAAGGAAAAUACAGUAAAUCUGGACAGUCAGUCUGUCGCUCUUGUCCCGCUGGACGUUAUUGCGAUCUUGAAGCUACAGGAUUCAAUGAAAUGGAAGUAAACAAGACAUGCCCUGCUGGUAAAUAUUGUAGUGGUGGAUUGAAGGAUGUCAACGAAGCAACUGAUUGUUCAAAAGCGCAUUAUUGCCCCCAAGGUGUUGCAAAAGAGAUACCGUGUCCUGCUGGAACGUUUAAUCCUGAAGUAAACGGUUCAAGUAUAUCAUCAUGUCUACCUUGUACCGCUGGACAUUAUUGUUUAGAAAUGUCGAUCAACCCUACAGGGUAUUGUGAAAAAGGAUAUUAUUGUCCAACUAACAUUACAAACGGUGUGUCUGAUUUGAUUAUUGGUUCGUACGGUCCCAAGCAAAUUCCUUGUCCACCUAAGACUUUCCGUAACAUAACUGGUGCUCGUAACACCAAUGACUGUUUCCCUUGCCCGCAGUCAUAUUAUUGCCGACAGGGUAGCGAAACACCCGAAGUUUGUCCACGUGGAUAUUAUUGUCCUCCUGAAGUAAGUGAGCCUCAACCAUGUCCGAUUGGAACGUAUGGUGAAAGAGCUAAACUUAGUGCACUACAAGAAUGUACCAAUUGUACCAAAGGAUGGUAUUGUGAUGCUCCAGGUUUGCCAACGCCACGAGGUCAGUGUGAUGCCGGCUAUUUAUGUUUCGGUGGUGCCAAUACCAGUUCGCCCACGGAUGGUAUAACUGGCAUGGUUUGCCCACGUGGAGGGUAUUGUAUCAUUGGAUCAUUUGAAUCCAAGGCUUGUCCUCCAGGGACAUACAGCGUGACAGGUGGAGCUACAAAUAACCAGGAUUGUGCGCAAUGUGACGAAGGUUUUUACUGUGCUCAGUCUAGCCAACCACGUCCUGAUGGUCCAUGCUCAGCUGGUCAUUAUUGCGUUAAUGGUUCAAGAACACCAAAUCAGACGCAAACAGAGCCUGGCUACUUUAGCCCUGCUGGAUCAUCUGCACCACAACCCUGUCAGCCUGGCUUCUACAAUCCAUUUAAUAAACAAAGUGAAUGUCUCCCUUGUAAAGCUGGUUACUAUUGUCCGACCAACAAGAUGAUUCACCCCAUAGAAUGUAGGAGAGGUUUUUAUUGCCCUCGUGGCAGUGAUCGAGAAUAUGAGUGUCCACCGGGUACAUUUAAUAACUACACCAAAGGAUCAUCUCUGAACGCCAGUUGUGCUGCAUGUCCUGCUGGAUCGUACUGUCAAAGUACUGCAAAUGUCCUUCCAACAGGGGAAUGUAAAGCUGGUCAUAUUUGCUUUGGUCGAGCUGAGGCAAAGGAUCCCGCAUUUGUUAAAGGAAAAUUGGAGUGGGGUAAACGAUGUGAUCCGGGCCACUACUGUCCACAAGGUACUACGUAUCAGAUACCUUGUCCUCAAGGAACAUAUAGGCCAACCAACGGUGGAGAAAGUAAAAAUGAUUGUAUUCUAUGUGACGAAGGAAAGUUUUGUAACGGUACUGGUAAACACGAAGUAACUGGCGACUGUUUACCUGGCUAUUAUUGUCUACGAGGUUCAUAUCUGGCCACACCAAACAAUGGUAGCAAUGGUGGGCAAUGCCCGAUGGGGAAUUUUUGCGAACAGGGAUCCAAGACUCCCGAUAAUCCCUGUGCGCAAGGCUACUAUGCUGAUGAAUAUGGCUUGUCAAAAUGCAAGGUAUGUCCCGCGGGAAAAUACUGUCCUCGUGGUUCGAAGUUUCCUCAAACUUGUCCUCUUGGAUUUUAUUGUCUUAUUGGAGAUGAUAUCCGAGAAACAGGUAACCCUGUACCUUGUCCAAAGGCAACAUUUGCUGCUCGUGAAGGCUUAAAAAUGAAGACUGAAUGUACAGAUUGCACACCUGGACACUAUUGCGAUCAAGAGAAGUUAUCACGUGUUAGUGGAAAUUGCGAUGCUGGUUAUUGGUGUAAAUCAAAGGCAAUUACGCCUAAUCCUAUUGAUGAUGGAAGUGGUAAUUUUGGACCAUGUCCAUCAGGGGGAUACUUUUGUGAAGCUGGUUCAUCAACACCUGAGCGCUGCCCUGUUGGCACGUUUGCGAAACCUGGUCGAAAUAAGUUAAAUAGUGCUGAUGAAUGUGACACGUGUCCUCCUGGAUAUUAUUGUGCAUAUGGUAAUCAGAGUAGUCCUACUGGAAAAUGUGCUCCGGGCUAUUAUUGUAGAGAAGGAUCUCAUGUUCCAAAACCAACAAAUACCACACUUGGAGGGAAAUGUUUUGCUGGUCAUUUUUGCGUGGAAGGCAGUGAUUGGCCAAAGCCAUGUCCAGCAGGAAAAUAUAACGAUGAUAUUGGGAAAGAAACGUGCAAAAAUUGUCCUGUUGGCUUUUUCUGUCCUAUAAACACUACAUCCCCAUUUCCCUGUCCUCCCGGGUACUAUUGCCCGCUAAAUUCUAUGAUCCAGGACGCCAAUCCUUGCCCUCAAGGAACAUUCAAUAAUCUUACAUCACGCACAUCCUUAAGUGAUUGUCAGGCGUGUAUUCCUGGCUCAUAUUGUUCAACUAAAGGUUUAAGUCACGUGACUGGUCCUUGUGAUGGAGGAUAUUUCUGCCGCAACCGAUCGAUCAGCAAGACGCCGGGAAAUCUUGAAGAAGGUGGAGGACCGUGUUUGCCUGGUACUUAUUGUCCGCCAGGCUCUCCUGCACCAAUACCGUGUCCACCUAGAAAGACAUGUACUGGGUAUACAUUGAUUCAUCCAGAUGGAGAAUGUCACCCUGGUUACUAUUGUCUUGGUAGUGCUGAUACACCUACACCUACAAAUGGUAUUGUUGGUAAUACCUGCCCACGUGGGGCUUACUGUCCUAGGGGUAGUUUUAAUUACACACAAUGUCCACCUGGAACUUACGUGGAUAGCGAAGGAAAUGUAAAUGUAUCUCAGUGUAACAAUUGCACUUCUGGAAAAUACUGUCAAGGAUGGGGGAAUGUAGUUCCAACAGAUGACUGUAAUGCUGGCUAUUACUGCCCUCCAGGACAAAUUGUUUCAAAUCCUAACGAUUACAUCUGUCCCAAAGGACAUUUUUGCGCCAAAGGUUCUACAGGACCAUUACGUUGUGAUUCUGGGACUUAUCAAGAUGAAGUAAUGAAAGGAUCGUGCAAGGUAUGCCCUCGUGGGUAUUUUUGUGACAAUCGAUUAAGUCCCGUUGUAUUAUAUGAGAACAGUUCUUGUCCCGUGGGUCAUUACUGUCCUGCUGGUACAAAAAGCGCAUAUCAGAACAAAUGCCCACGUGGAACAUUUAGUAAUGAAACUGGAUUGGAAAAUAUAACACAAUGUCUUCCAUGUCCAGGGGGGUAUUAUUGUGCUGAGCUGGGACAAUCAACUUUUACAUCUUAUUGUGACGCUGGUUAUUACUGUCGAAGUGGUGCAAUUGUCAGCACACCAGAGAGGUAUACAGAUAAUACUACAAUUUGCCAACCUGGCUCUUUCAACUUUUCUAAUGCUGGACCAUGUCCUCGAGGUCGUUUCUGCCCGAAAGGCACUGCUGAGCCUGAAAAAUGCCCACCUGGAACUUUUAGCAACAAGACUAAACUUACUUCACAAGACGAAUGUGUCAAUUGUACUGAAGGGAUGUUUUGUGGUGAGUUCGGUUUGACCAAACCGUCUGGGAAAUGCUGGGCUGGCUAUUACUGUCCUACCGGUGCUGAUCGCCCAGAUUAUUUGGUUUGCCCUAACGGUAGCUACUGUAUUAACGGUAGCAAGUCUGGUGAACUGUGUCCAUUUGGAACAUACAGGGAUAUAACUGGAGGAAGAAAUAUUUAUGACUGUUUUAACUGUACACCUGGUUGGUAUUGUGAUGGAGUUGGAUUGGAUAAACCUUCGGGUCGUUGUGGCGCUGGUUACUACUGUCCAUUUGGCUCAAAGUAUAUUAAACCAGUGGGAUUUCAAUGUCCAGUUGGUCAUUAUUGUCCUGGUGGGGAUGCUGAACCUAUACAAUGUCGCAAUAAUACGUACGUAAACUAUACUGGUGCUAUCGAAUGUGAGCCUUGUCCAGCGGGUUUCUACUGUGUAAUUGCUGGUACAACUGUACCAUGUCCUAAAGGUUAUUAUUGUCCUGAGGGUACGGGAAAAGAUUUGAAAUCAUGUCCUCGUGGGACAUAUGGACCUCAUGAAGGGUAUUAUGACGUAUCUCAAUGCAAACCCUGUAAUGCUGGAAUGUACUGUGGCUCACCCAAUAUGAUAAAUGUAACAGCGAAGUGUUCACCAGGUCAUUGGUGUGCAUUCGGCGUUGAUCGACCUAAACCUUAUGGAAAGAAUUAUACCAAUGUUUUAUGUAACUCAACGUGUCCUCAUUAUGAUGACAGUGAGACGGGUUUUGGAGGCGUGUGUCCUGUGGGACAUUACUGCCCUGAAGGUUCUUCUUGGCCUAAACCGUGCCCCGCCGGGCGUUUUGCUUCAGAAAUUGGUCUAUCUGCAUGUAACUUGUGUAUGGAAGGCUAUUAUUGUCCUGAAAAUCAAUCAUCAUACUACAGUUUCCCUUGUCCGAAAGGAUAUUUCUGCCCCAACGGAAGUAAAUCUGCCUAUGAAAAUCCUUGUAAACCUGGAACAUUUAAUGGUCGUCUUCGUAGGACCAAGGAAAACGAUUGUUUGGCUUGUCCGCCAGGGUACUAUUGUUCAGAAUCAGGUAUGGUAGAAUCUAAUCGAACUUGCGAAGCUGGUUAUUACUGCAGACGAAGGGCGUCAUCUCCCACUCCAAAUCAAGGAUAUGAUGCAAACAUUUGUCCUCAAGGUCAUUACUGUCCCAUCGGAACAGGAGAACCGUACAACUGCCCUAAGGGCACUUUAAACAACAAAACAGCUCUUAAGAAAAAAGAGGAAUGCCAAACGUGCCCAUCCGGUUAUUACUGUGCUGAAGCUGGCUUGAACACGACCAGCGGUCUUUGUGAUCCCGGAUACUACUGCCCUCCAGGCUCGGUUUCCAAGCACGAGAAUCCUUGUCCUGCUGGAGCCUUUUGUCUAUUGGGAAGUAGCGGACCAGAGUUAUGUCCAGUUGGUACAUUUCAACCUAACAAACAUCAAGAUCAUAUACUUGAUUGUUUACCGUGCACACAAGGUUUUUAUUGCGAGACUCCAGGAUUAAGAAAUGUCACUGGUCCCUGUGCUAACGGCUCAUAUUGCCCAACAAACUCCAGUAUUCCCACUCCAUAUGAUUGCCCUUCGGGCUUUCAUUGUCCUGAAGGUAGCUCGAGACCAAAAUCCUGUCCUGCUGGUUACUACACUAAUUCAACUUCGCGUAGCGAAUGUGAAAUUUGUCCUUCUGGCUAUUUCUGCUUACCGUUAACCUGGAAUAAUGGCGGUCGGACUAACCUGACAAAAGGCUACAAAAUAUGUCCUGCUGGUUUCUAUUGUCCACAAGGGACUGGGGCCGAUUUAAAACCUUGUAAACCAGGAACUUUCAGCAACAAAACUGGAUUAUAUUCACAUAGUCAGUGCGUUGAUUGUACGCCUGGAUUUUACUGCGAUGGUCACAGUUUAAAGUCUCCGUCAGGACCUUGCGCUCCUGGAUAUUAUUGUGUUUCAGGUGUGGCUGUUUCUAAACCGUACACUGGAUCGUACAAUUCAAGCAAUUAUACGUGCCCUCUAAACGUCUACCUUGGUCAAUAUAUUGGUAUUGGAGAUGUAUGUCCUAAAGGUCAUUAUUGUUUGGCAGAGACAUCUUCACCGACACAGUGCCCAUCUGGGACAUAUAAUGAUGAAGAGGGACGUAGCGUGUGCAAAGACUGUCCCGAGGGCUAUUAUUGUCCUCUAGGAACUGUCUCGUUUGUUCGAAACUUAUGUCCAACUGGACAUUAUUGUUUGAAUAAGACCAAACAUGCUCGUCAAUAUCCUUGUAAAGAAGGAACCUAUAAUGCUUUAACAGGUCAGCAAUCUGAAGUAUCUUGUACUGCAUGUACUCCUGGGAUGUUUUGUGAAGGAAACGGACUAUCUUGGCCAAGUGGACCUUGUAGCUCUGGAUGGUUCUGUAACGGUAGUGCAACCAGGAAUAUGACGAUAACACACGGCGGACAAUGUGAAGCUGGUAACUAUUGUCCCAGCAACUCUUCUAAAAUGGAACCUUGUGAUGGCGGUUGGUAUUGUGCAAAAUCGGGAUUGUCUUCACCCACUGCAAAAUGUCAAGCUGGUUUUUACUGUACUCUGGGUGCUAGCAUAUCAAACCCUAUUGAUGGUGUAACUGGAGGAAGGUGUCCUCCUGGUUAUUAUUGCCCAGAAGGCUCCAAAUCUCCAAAACCGUGUGCUCCAGGUUAUUAUCUUGACACGUAUGAAGCAACUAACAAUGCAUCUUGCAAGUUAUGUCCUCUUGGUAUGUUUUGUAACGGUACUGGCUUAGAAAAACCAUCUGGUAAUUGCUCUUACGGUUAUUAUUGCCCUGGUGGUCAGGAAAGCAAUACUCCUGUGAAUUAUUCAUGUCUCGUCGGUCACUAUUGCUUGGAAGGUGAUGGUGAACCUCGACCUUGUCCUUCUGGAACGUACCAAGAUCGCAAGGGACAAUCUUCGUGUCUGGAGUGUCCUAAACGAUUUUAUUGUAAUGCUACUGUAGCUCCAGUCGUGAACUACAAUUCGUUUGUGUGUCCUGAGGGUUAUUACUGUCCACCUGGAACUAAAUUUGCUAAAGAGUAUCCUUGUGCAAUUGGUACUUUUAAUAACUUGACAGGACGUGCCUUGCAAGAAGAAUGUUCACAGUGUCUUGGCAGGUACUAUUGUGGUCAUCCAGGAUUGACUUAUCCCAAUACAUUAUGUGCUGCUGGAUACUUUUGUAAAAAAGGAGCUAGGACAUCUACACCUUCUCAAAAUGCAGAGGCCAACAUCUGUCCUGCUGGUCGUUACUGUGAAGAAGGAACUGAUGAACCUAAACCGUGUCUCCCUGGGACAUUUAGUAAUCUUACAGGUCUGCAAAAUGCUUCGUUAUGUACACCUUGUACUGAAGGUUAUUAUUGCAAGUUUCCUGGUUGGACCAACGUUACAGGACCAUGCAAGCAAGGGUUCUAUUGUCCCAAAUAUUCAACAUCUUCACAACAAAUAACAUGUCCUCAAGGCAGUUAUUGUCCUACUGGAAGCGGUCAACCAAUUUCAUGUCCGAUUGGAACAUUUUCCAAUCAAACACAUUUGUGGAAAAAAUCUCAAUGUACUAACUGUACGGCUGGCUUUUACUGUGACUCGGACGGUAAAACGUCGCCGUCUGGUAAAUGCCAAAGUGGUUAUUACUGUCCUAUUGGAUCAAAGAGCAUGAUGCAAGUUGACUGUCCAAUAGGAUUUCAUUGUCCUUCAGGAAGUGGAAGCCCUCGGGAAUGUUUGCCCGGUCUUUUUACCAACAUUUCUCGAUCAGCAAUCUGCCAGCAAUGUCCAGAGAGAUAUUAUUGUUUACCUCAGAACGUAAUCAAAGGUGAUCCACAGUCUGGCUAUCGCAUUUGUCCUGCCGGUUUCUAUUGUCCUGCCGGAACAGGCGUGAAUUGGAAACCUUGUCCGAAAGGAUCAUACAGCAAUUCAACUGGUCUCAGUAAAGAGUCAGAAUGUAAUCCUUGUGACCGCGGUUAUUAUUGUGACAAACUUAAUGCCACAAAACCGACUGCCAAAUGUCUUGGUGGAUACUAUUGCGAGUCUGGUGUGGACAGACCUGAUCCAAUGCAUGCUGGGAACAAAACCGAUUUGUCGAACAAUUGUAGCAUAUAUGGACACCAUUCAGGCUUUGGUGGCAUUUGUCCACUUGGACAUUAUUGUCGAAACGGAGAAAAAUACGGUUGCCCUGAUGGCUCUUAUCAAGAUGACCUUGGGAAAACGUUUUGUAAACCUUGUCCUAUUGGUUAUUAUUGUCAUUACAAUGCUUCUUAUUAUGUUGGUAAUGAGUGUCCUGUAGGUCAUUUUUGUCGUUUAAAUACCACUCGACCAAAAGAAUAUCCAUGUCCACCAGGGACGUUCAAUCCUAAAACAGCCCAAACCAAUCAUUCAGCUUGUCUUAGCUGUACUCCGGGUAUGUACUGUGAAGGAACUGGCAACGAAAAUCCAACUAAUGAAUGCUCGGCUGGAUGGUACUGCAGUGGUGGUUCAGAAGAGCCUCAACCUGUUGCAGGACGUUGUUUACGUGGGUAUUAUUGUCCUAAUGGCUCCUCACAUCCUUUGCCAUGUGAUCCUGGCUAUUACUGUCAAUCAGAUCAGUUAUCCAAACCUACACAUGAGUGUGAAGCUGGCUGGUAUUGUACAUCAGCUGCCAUUGAAUCUCAGCCAACUGACAACAAGACUGGAAAUAUUUGUCCAACCGGAAAAUACUGUCCAAAAGGAAGUAGAACGCCUCAACUAUGUCCAAUAGGAACUUUUCUUAACACAACCGGUAACAGAAACCUUACAGACUGUCAAGAUUGUAUUGAGGGUUGGUACUGUGGUGGAUCUGGAUUAACUAACCCCACGGAUAAUUGUGAUUCUGGCUAUUAUUGUGAUGGCCGUGCCACUAGAAAGGACUGGAAGCAAUGUCCCACGGGACACAGAUGUUCUGGUCAUGAUCAACCGGAGCCUUGUCCUCCUGGAUUUUACCAGAAUGAAGCUGGCAAGUUUGAGUGUAAACCAUGUGAGCCUGGCUACUAUUGUAGCGACAUUCCCAUAACACACUAUCUCAAUUAUACAUGUCCCACUGGAUAUUACUGCCCUCGACAGACUGCGUAUGCAACCCAGUUUCCUUGUCCACGUGGAAAAUUUAAUAAUUUGACAAUUCGACGUGAUGAAAGGGACUGCAUACUAUGCACUGGUGGAUAUUCUUGUGACGAACCUGGACUAUCUUCUCCAUAUAAGCCUUGUGCUGCAGGUUAUUAUUGCCGACAGGGUGCAAAUAUCACGACACCAACCUAUGGCAGUGAUGCAAAUGUUUGCCCUCCCGGAUAUUACUGCCCUGAAGGAACUGAUGAGCCACGUGAAUGCCCUGUCGGAACGUUCAGAAUUAGUAAUGGUGGUCAAAUACUAAGUGAUUGCGAAAAUUGCACCGGCGGACAUUUUUGUAAUGAGACAGCUAUGGUGACAACCGCUGGUUUAUGUUCUCCUGGUUUUUAUUGUAUAGAAGGCUCGUCCAGCACACGGCAAACACCAUGCCCAUCAGGACGAUACUGUGAACGUGGUACGCAUUAUCCUAAACUUUGUCCUGCUGGGACAUUUUUUAAUGGAACUAUGGCUCGAACAGAAAGAGAUUGCAUUCAGUGUACAGCAGGUAAGUACUGUGAAAUUAGUGGUCUUACAAUGCCAACUGGAAUAUGUCAGGACGGUUAUUACUGUCCUCGAGGCAGCUUAAACAAGACUGCAGUUGAAUGUCCCAUUGGAACCUAUUGUCCUACGGAAAGUUCACAAUUCAGAAAAUGUCCAGCUGGAAUGUACACUGAUUACACGAAAGCAUCUCAAUGUGAUUUGUGUCCAAAAAGAUACUUUUGCAUCCCGGAGAAUGUCAUUCCAGGUGUCGUAUUAACGGUCAAAACACUUUGUCUACCGGGCUUUUUUUGUCCUCCUGGAACUGGGUAUGAUUUGAACGCUUGUCCACCUGGAACGUACAAUGAUUUAUAUGGUUUAUAUGAGGUGAAACAGUGUAAACCUUGUGACCCUGGCAAGUUUUGCCGUGGAACAAACUUAACUGCCCCUAGUGGGCAAUGCGAGGCUGGUUAUUUCUGUUCACGUGGUGUUUCAGUACCUAAUCCAAUCAUGAUCAAUCGCACAUAUUGUCCAGCAAAUUUUACGCACUUGGUAAUUGGUGAUAUUUGUCCUCGUGGUUAUUAUUGCCCAAAAGGAAGUGAUAUGUACAAAGGUUGUGAUGCUGGAACAUACAAUGACGAGGAAGGUCGUUCAAGCUGUAAGCAAUGUCCUAGUGGCUACUAUUGCAUGGGAAACACAACAGACUAUAAUUUUCCAUGUCCUCAGGGACAUUACUGCCUGCAAAAUACUCCUGAUUCUAAUCACUGGCAAUGCCCUCCCGGUACUUACAAUCAUCUCCUUGGUGGAAAGAAUAUUUCAGCUUGUCAACAAUGUACACCUGGUCUCUAUUGUUCUGGAUGGGGAAAUAUUGCGCCUUCUAACUUUUGUUCUCCAGGUUAUUACUGUCCGGGAGGUAACAUUGAAUCAAAACCAUCUUCUUAUAAAUGUCAACCUGGUUUUUAUUGUCCAAGAAAUUCAUCUUUUAUGACGUCAUGUGACGAGGGCCGUUACUGUCCUGUUUCGGGUAUGUCUGUACCUGGCAAUUAUUGUGAUGCAGGUUAUUAUUGUCCAUUAAAAUCCACUUCUGCAAGACAAAAGGAUUGUCCACCAGGCAGCUUUUGUCCAGUUGGAAGUAAAUAUCCUACUCCAUGUGAUCCUGGUACUUAUUUACCGGGCACAAAUCAUGUCCAAAAGUCAGAAUGCAUCAAUUGCACGGCUGGUAUGUACUGUAGUGGGCAUAAUUUGACGGAGCCUACAGAUUUCUGUUCUGAGAAGUAUUAUUGUCCGCCUGGUCAGAGCUCAUCAAAACCCACUCAAUAUUUCUGUCCGUCUGGACAUUACUGUAAGACUGGAUCUCCAGAACCAAAGCGCUGUGCCAACGGUACAUACGAACCUCAAAAUUACAGUACUUCAUGUCGCAUUUGUGAAGAGGGCUACUAUUGUGAUAAUACCAAUGUUCCUGUAAACAACUUGACUGGUUUGGAAUGUCCCGAAGGUCAUUUUUGUCCCCGUGGCACUAGAUUUGCCACUGAAUUUCCUUGUCCACCUGGUACAUGGAGCAAUGUGACACGACAUAUUCGCCCCCAGCAAUGUUUUGAUUGUCCAUUAAGAUACUAUUGCCAAAAAUCAGGGCUAACAUCACCUCAAGAUUUCUGUUUUCCUGGCUUUUAUUGUGAUAAAAAUGGUACAAAAAUGCCCAAUCCACCCGAGGGCAUAUGUCCAAUUGGGCACUUUUGCCCAAGGGGAAGUUAUCGUCCGAUAUCUUGUCCAAGGGGAUCCUAUACAAAUUCUACUGGUAAUGGAAACAAAACUGACUGUAAGCCUUGCAGUCCUGGCAAGUAUUGUGUUCCUAUUGAUGGUGUUAUGCAAGAAAGAGAUUGUGAAGCUGGAUUUGUCUGUUUAAUUGGUUCCACUGUACCCAACCCAGUAAACAGCUCUCAAGGUUAUCAAUGCCCAAAAGGUCAUUUCUGUUUGUCUGGUGUUGUCAAAGAAGAGCCUUGUCCACCAAAAACGUAUGGUCCUAAGUUGGGUCUAGCUUCCUGUGUACCAUGCCCACCAGGUAGCAUCUGUCCCAAUUACAAAACAAUCGUACCAGAACCUUGUCCCGCUGGUCACUUUUGCUCUGGUGGCAAUGAUAGAGGUGAAGCUUGUCCAACAGGAACUUACAUGACAAAUACAUCUGCACGUUACAUGAACGAAUGCUUGCCUUGUGACGCUGGUUUGUAUUGUGAUCGUCCUGGUUUGGAAAAACCUAAGGGCUACUGUUCUAAAGGGUAUCUCUGCUUAAGUGGGGCAAUAUCGAAGACACCCAAUGAUUCGAUAAACAAACGUUGUCCCAAGGGGAGUUAUUGUAUUAAUGGUACAACUCAUGCAGAACUCUGUCCUGAAGGAACCAUGCGCAGAAGUACAGGUGGAACAAAGUUGGAAGAUUGCGCACCUUGUGAACCUGGAAAGUAUUGCGACAAAGCUGGUAUGUCAGAACCGUCUGGAGAGUGUGAUCGAGGCUAUUACUGUCCUGAAGAUGUUCCUAUUCAGGUUUCUAAACCUCAGAAUUUCUUAUGUCCAUCUGGACAUUAUUGUCCACCGGGUACUUCUGACCCUAAGGGUUGUAAUCCUGGUCUAUAUCAACCAAAUCGAGGCAAUGACACUUGUCUUAGUUGUCCACCUGGAAGGUUUUGUCUCGGGAAUACAAGCAUCCCUGAAAUUUGUCCAUCACAUUCGUACUGUCCGGGUAGCACUUAUCAACAUUUUUGCCCCAAUGGUACUUACACUUCGGAUAAUACAACAGGAUUAUAUAAUGCCUCACAAUGCUCACCCUGCAUUGUUGGUCAUUUUUGCCAGCGUGGUGAAAUAUCUGGUCCAUGUAGUGCUGGUUAUCUUUGUUACCAAGGCAAUCCCACGCCAAUACCCAAUGGCUUUGAUAAAACAGUUGGUGAGAUGUGUCCUUAUGGUUUUUACUGUCCAGAAGGAGCUCUAAAUAAAGUAGCCUGCUCUAGAGGUUUGGUUAUUGAUAAGUCUGGUGCUAAGUCAUCUGCGGAUUGUCAAUUGUGUCCUGCUGGAAAGAUAUGUAGUGAAAAUAACACUUUAGCCGUUCCAUGUACAAUCGGGUUUUAUUGUCCAUACAAUGCUACAAUGAAAGCAUGUCCUAUUGGAACAUAUUCUGACACCGUCGGUGCAACAAACAGCAGUUCAUGUCAACCUUGCCCUGCCGGUUAUUGGUGCUACAAGACAGCAAUGAGUAACUAUAGAAACAGUCCAUGUCCUGUGGGUUACUUCUGCAACGAAGCAGUUAUUGAGCCAACAUCUUGUCCAGAUAAUGGCACAUAUCGAAAUUCAACCGGCGCUGGUUCUAUUGAAGAAUGCUUUCCGUGUCCUCGGGGCUAUAUAUGUCCAAUAAAUGCGACCACUUCUCCUUUGGCCUGUUUAAACGGAACGUUUUGUCCUAGUGGUUCCGUGCAACCGCGGUUAUGUCAACCAGGAUUUUACUGUCCUAGAUCAAAAUAUGAAAUACCUUGUCCCCCUGGCUUUUAUUGUCCUCUAGCUUCAUCUUUUUAUUUACAUUGUCCAAUGGGCUAUUAUUGUGAUCCAUUACUACUGAAUGGCACUGGUGGAGUUGUUAAACCAAGUUUAUGUCCAAAAGGCCAUGAAGAGGUCCUUGGCUCGCACCGUAAGACAUUUAACGACACCUGUCUUAUCUGCAAACCGGGUUAUUUCAACGAUGAUCCUGGAAAGUAUCCAUGUAGGAGAUGUAGAGCUGGCGUUAUCUGCUUGCAAGGUGCAACUACGGACGAACCAAUGGCAAAUAAUUCGCGAUAUGGUUUACUUUAUACUAAUUCGUUUCCAUGUCCUGUUGGAUAUUACUGCGAAUCAGGGGACAGAAUCCCAACACCAUGUCCAAACAAAACCUACAAUCCUAUAGAGAGAGCCUCCCGUCGAGAGAACUGUUUACCUUGUCAAAAAGACCACUACAAUCAUCUAACUGGGCAGUCAGCUUGUUUUCAUUGCGGGUCACAGGCCAGACAACCAAUUAUUGGGCAAGAUAAAUGUCAGUGCUCUGGAUCACAUCGUGUUUUCAUGCCAAGUGAUCAAAGUUGUUUGUGCGAGAAAGGAUUUAGAGCAAUGAACGGCAAUGAAUUGGACUGUGUUAGAAAACUGUACCCAUUUUGUGGUGAAGGAACUUGGAGAUCGCAAUCUGGAAACUGUCUUGACACCAACAAAUGGAGAGACCAUUGUUCUUCUGUUUGUGAUGAAGGAAACUUUAUUGGCUUUGAUCGUCAGCUUGGUUUAUGUACAUGUCGGGUUGAUGAUUUAGAGGAUAUAUGUGAUAAAAAGUGUCGCAGAGAACAGAAAUAUCGCCUUCAACUUGUUUGUGCAAACAAGCCCUAUUUGAAGAUAACUACAGUUGAAGGAGGCUCGAUUUUGUUUGAUGAUUUGGAAACAUUUAGCAAUAUUCCUAACUUUCUCAAUACUUUUAACAAAGAUCAGUGCCCUCGACUUGAUUCAACUGGUUAUCCGUUCAAUUUAGUAGAAAUGGGAGAAAGAGGAUUUUUAGGUGUGUAUAACCCUCCGGCAAACUUCGUUAGAACAUUACUGAAUGAGAAUCGCAGACAGGAUAAUUCUACAUCAUCCUCACCAAACAUUUUAUCUUCAUCUCGUGCACGACGUAGCUUGCUGGCUGUUACAUCAUCAACCAAUGCAUUGUCUGGAAUUGUCAAUCCUACUACAUGUUUAGAUUAUGGAGCAUCAGUUAUGUUCAUCGUUCAUAAUGAUAACUACCCGGAAUACGAUGAACAGAACUUGUAUAAUACCAAUGCUAAUUUUGACUCUGGACCUUUCCGAGACCUAAGAGAGAGGCACUUGCUCAUGAAUACAAACUCUACUUUGUUUUCCUUUAAGUUUGAUUCACCUGGAGUUUACGUCUUCAAAUCCAGCAAAUAUGCUGACUACAAAAUGUAUGUUCGUGUUAUGGCCCUUGGUGCUCAAUGUGCAGAAGAUGGGCCAUUCUUUUCUACUACUCCUCGUGCAGUUAUUCAAAAUGGCAUGGCCUUGUCACAAGACAUUGUAAUCAUGCCUGAUUGGUUGUUGAUUGGAUUGAUGAUGGCUAGUUUGUUGUUACUCAUGGUCGUUUUGGCUAUUGGACUGUUAAUAUUCCGCAAACACGGCUGGAGAAAAAUGGUGUUUACAUCUCCUAAAUACAGAAAGUUAAACAAGUUGUAUAACUUUGAUGAUUACUCCUCGAAAGGAUCCGCUGUUCAUCCGUUAAAGAAACUUCGUAGGAAUUUCUACGCUAUUGAUGGUGCGCCCACUAUUGAAGGAAAGACGGAGGCAUCACUUGAAGGCGUUGAAAACGAAAUGAAGUCUGACGAGUUUUGGGACUACGAAAAGCAAGUAGAUUUGGAAGCUUUUAGCUGUAAUGAGCUAUAUUCGAUUUUAUCGAAACAGUCACGUGACGUGACGUCAUCUAUUGCUCGGCAAAAGGAUCAGGCUAAAGAACUUUACCAAAAGGUGAACAGCCAAACAGAGUCAUUGCGUGGUUUGUGGGUUGCAAAGCUAAAUCUUCGUGGUCGAUCAGCAAUUGCAUCACAAGAGGACUUACAGCUUUACGAAAACAAAAGAAAAGAGCUUGAUGACGAGCUUGAACGUAGGAAAGAUCUUGGAUUUACUUUUCAACAACUGCUUCGCAAAGAACUGGAUGUCUUUAAUGAAGAUGAACAAGAACGCCAAGAACAUCAAGUGUGCUUUAGUUCUUCCCUUUCAGAAGCAAUGCGUAUUUUGAAUGAAACCACUGAAAGUAACAUGGCUUUGUCACAAUUAGAACGACAAAGGAUGAGCGGGAAAAUUGAUGUAUUGCUGCAAGACAUGACGGUGGAAGUGACUAGAGAAUGCCAGAGACGUGGAGCAUGGGCUCUACUUGGUCAAACGACUGGUGCUCAGUUAUGUACUAUAGAUGGACAACCUCUUUAUUAUAAUGAUAUUUUUGACGCUGAUGGAAAUUUGCUAUCGGAUGGUCUGGUUGAGCUUGAUGCUCAGACUGGACUGUUUGUGCCCAAAUAUGGAGCUUGUAAUAUGAUGUUAGCAGACAAAUUCACUGUCGUGCCCAUUCCACCUCAUUUCUUUGUUCAUCCAAAAACAGCCAAAGUGAUGCCCAUUGAAGGUAAUGUUGUUUAUGACUCCGUGACGACUCAUCUCCUCGUAACCGCUGAUAAUGCAAAUGGCGAGGCUGGAAACCUCAGCGAAACACCGAUUCCUUUCAUCCCUUACCCAAUCAAUCCUGACACAGGUAAACUUGUGAAAAACAACUUUACAACUUCUGUUAUACAAAGUGAGAUUAAGUAUGGUGGACCAACAAACGACCCAAAAACUGGCCUCGUUGCUCCCAUAUUGGGAGUAACUAUUCAUCCCGAUUCUGGUAAAAUUCAUCCCGUUGGUGGAUGUCAAGAAAACCCUGUGUCUGGGUUGCCUGUGCCUAUAGAGCUGGGAUCCAUGAUGUUCGACCCUCAAACAGAUCAGCCAGUUCCGAUUGUUUCAAUGACUAUUGAUGCGAGAACAGGAUUCGUUGUUCCUGUUGGAGGUAACAUGGCAGAAUCUGGAAAAGGUGAAGAGAUUCCUGUCAUAAUUGGCGAGUCCUUUGUUGAACCAUUAUCAGGGCAUCUUCUCAAAGUUACUGGAGCACGACUCAUAGAUGAAACGGGCGAGGAUACAGAACUUGAGUCAAUCGGUGGUGGCUAUCAGAGUGCACUUGAUGCGAGUGAACUGUAUAAUGAGUCACGUGUCAUUGAUGCCAUUCGUGAGUGGAAAGAAGCAGUCAUUGGAAAUGAGGCAUCGUCAUGGCGACAUCAAAAAAGUAUCUUGGAGACUAGGUGCAAAGAGCUUUCACGAUCGAAAAUCAAAGUCAAAACGCAUCUUUUGCGACGUUUACACGGAAUCUUAAAACACGAAGAGCAGACUACGUUCCUCAUGGAAUCUGGAGGAUCUCCAGGAUUUUACGAAUAUUUUGCAACUGGUCAGUUACUACCUAUAUUGGUUGGAACAACUAUGAGAGAUAUUUCCGGUUCUGGACUUGAUGUUCCUAUUCUUGGUAUUGAUAAGGACGCUGAAACAAAAGAAAUCAUUCCAUUAGGGGGGUCACUUGAAGAUCCCCAUGGCAAUGGUCUCGUUCCCAUCAUGCUUGGCGAGACCGCAGUAGAUCCAGCAACAGGCGAAAUGUCAACAAUUUGUGGAAUUCGAUUAAACAAGGAUUUAAACAUAUGCGAGCCUGUGACAUUGUCGUCGUCACUGAAGAAAAAACGCAAGGCGCAUCCUGCAAUGCUUUCCAUAUUAGAAGAAGAGUAUGUUGCAAGAAAAAGUUUUUGGCGUCGUCAACGUCAUCGUGAGAGAGAACUAUCAGAAACACAAGCAAAGUUGGUGAAACAAAUUCUAGUCAACUAUGAUGUAACUUCGAAUGACGUCUAUGAACUGAUGGAGUUUUUCAAUGAAGGAGCAUCGUCGCUAUCCGAUGCAGGACGUCGUGAGACGCAGCGUCGUGCUGAUGUAAAUAUCGAGCAAACGGCAACUCUGCCACCUUUCAUUCUUCAUUGGAUCACAAGGUUUGAUUCUAUUGAAAAAGAAAAGGAAGAAGAACACCAAACUUGUCAGAAACGAUUUGUUGAUGUUAUUGAAAGACUUUUUGCCAAAGUACAAAUUGAGGAAAAUAAAUAUAGAGCAAGAAUGGAUGAACUUGAGGGUGCUCUUAAUCCUGAUGCUGAGGCAAGCGUUACUGAAAGAUUUCAUCAUUUGAAAAAUCGAUUUCGAAGUGAACUUGAAGACCAACUUCAAAAUAAAAUUGAAAUCGAUAGAGAGCUUGCAGCCCUGGAGUACGUCAGAGAGAAAGUUGAAUUACUUCUAAGUGAGGCAAAAUUAAUUCUUGGCGGAGAAGGUGCCUAUGCUGGAGAUUUUAGUUUCAUAUCAAACGGAGUUUUUGGAGACGAUAUCCAGCAGCAGACAGAGAUGAGUUCUGAGCUCAUUCCGCUAUUAAAACGUGCCAUCGCUUUAAUUCAAGAGAAAGGUCUUCCUGCUUCUGAUGAUCAGUUGACUUCUACAGUUUCUGCAGAUAUUACAAUGGUCAAUGAUAAACAACCGAACAGAAGGACAGUAGCUUUACAUCAUGACAUGUUUAAUGUACCAUCGACAGACAUUACUCGUGAAACAUCGUUCCAAGAAAGUGUUCAUCCUUCACAAGUGCAAAAGGUGUUGGAUGAAGAAAAUGAAAAAGAUCCGUCAGUUCUUGCAGAUCAGAUUAUAAAUAGUCUUGAAGUUGAUCAACUUGGUGAAACCUUCAGUAGCGGUAUUGUUAGCGUUUCACAACUAGCCGCUGUUGGUGAAUGGAGUGAAAACACGAGACAUGAACUAAGUCAAAAUAUACGUGAAAGACACAUGUUAGAAUGCGUUGAGAUUGAAAAUGAUUUGCGUGAAGAUGAGAUACAGGCGUUUAAAGAUGUUUUUGAGGAGUGUCAGCAAACAAAACGUGCCGAAUUUGAUGAACUUCAUGGAGAACUGCGAGAGAAAGUUCUUCGAGCCUCUUCGAAUGAAGAAAUGGAAAAUAUGUUGAGUGAAUACUCGAUCAAAAUAGAGAAUGCCUUUCGAGACCUGGAUUCUAAAAAAGAUGAUAACUUGAAAGAGGUUCGGCGUCGCCUGAAGCGAAAUCGACUGAAAAAGAAGAAAGAUCUAUAUAACCGUCACAAGGAGGAGGCCAGAAGGGCUGGGAUUGAAUUGGUGGUAGAUUUGGAUCUUCCAAAUGAGGACGAAGUCGAACAAGAUUUACUACGACUUGCCAGAGAACAAGAACGGCUUUUGAUUGAUCUUCAGGAAUUUGACGAGAAUGAUGAGUUGCAAAACACCUUUGAUACAUUGCGCAAAGAACAGUUUGAUGCAGAAAUGGAAGCAUUAGCUCGUGCUAUGAGUACAUUGGUCCCCCCUGGAGACAUCGAGGUUGCUAUUGAUGAAUUAAGAGAGGUGUCCGGUAAAAUAUCGAUCAGACACCAGGACCUAAAAGACAAAAUGCGAUCAAAACGAGAGAAGCGCCGUGCUUUAAGUGGUAGAGGUGUUCGAUUAACACAAAUUGAAGAGGAAGCUUUAGCACUUGUUGAUCCUGCAUCUGAAGCAGCAGCAAAUAUCAUUGAAUUGGCUAAACAACGAGAAAGAUCAAGGGAGAAAAGCGAAAAACAUCUCAUCGAUAAUGUCAUGUCUAAAAUAAAUGAGAACGAAGUUGAAGAUAGAAAGACGGAAAUUAUUAAUGGCCUUUUGCAUAAAACUGCGAUGUCUGAUGAAGAAAAACGUUCGUUUGUAGCAAAAUUUUUCGAACAAGCGACCGAAGCUAGGGAACGAUUAGAUAGCAAAAGAGAAUAUAACAAAGCUAUUAUUGAUGCAAAGAUAGUCGCACGCAGAAGAAUGAAGGAGACUCUUGCUAAAGAAAAAGCUAUGAAAGACGAAGCCGUGGCUCUCUCAAGAAAACAUGCUCAAACAUCCCAAGAUUUCUACACCAAUGAUGUGUUAGAAACAACCGAAGAACUAAUGAAAGAAGGUUUGAUUGAGAAAAUGCAAUCGCUCGAAGAAAUACAAACAUCGAAGCUUGAAGAUAUGGAAAUCAAGCAUAAGAAAGACAUAUUUCAUAUGGAAAAUGAAUUGCAGAAUACCAAGAACAGAGGAAUAAGUACUAUCGAGAAGCAAUUGGAGAUUCAAAAAGAGAAGAUGAUUGCUGCGGAAAGGGAGCACUUUAACUCUAAGAUACAUGACGAAAACAAUCGUUUAUCGGAAGAAGAAACAAAGCGACUUAUGAGUGAACACACAGCUAACUUGGACAUGUUAAGUAGGAAUAUCAACAUGGAAAAAGAUCGACAAUUGAACGCCUUGGCCAAUAAGAUUGCUGAAAGGCGAAAGAUGCAAGUAUCUAUCUUGGCAAAAAAACACGAAGCUGAGGUUUCCAAAGAACUCGUCACACAAAAAGUGGAAAGAAAUGAAGUUGAAGAUAAUCACAUUGUCGAAACUCGCAAGAAAGUACUGGCUGAGAAAUUACGUGAUAUGGAUUCAAAGAAUGCCGAAAAUACGAUUUUCGAGGUUCUUAAGCAACAUCAUAUUCAUCAAAAGAUUCAGCUUGAAGAACAGUUCAGAAGUGAGACAAAAGCGGAAAAAGACGAACAGCGAGCGAUGAUUUGUGAACAGCGACAAAAGGAAAAAGAUGACAAAGUUGCUGAACACGAAAAAGAAUUUAUUGAGCUACUGUUGAACCCAGAUGGACUGACGUCGAAUCAACUUUCUCAAAAGAAAGCUGAACUAAAAAUACAACAUAAGAGAGAGUUGGAUCAAUUUGAUAAUGAAACAGAAACUCGCUUGCAAGAAGCAGAAAACUAUAUUGAACCAUCACUCGAAGUUAAACAGGCGUAUGAACGUCUUCGCCUUAGGGAAAGACAAUUAAAUGAAUUGGCGGGAAACAUGGAUGAUCUUAUGACGAAAGAGGAAUUAAGCAAGUCCUAUGAAGAAGAGGCCGCAAGAGCUGCUCAAAAUGCUGAGGAAUUUCGAGAACGUACAACUUUUGCUAUUUCGGAGAAAAUCAGGCAAAUGAAACUAGAAAGGCGAAAAGAAAGCUUCACUCUAAAGGAAAAGAUGGACAAUGAAAUCAGGCAAAUGGAACAAGAACUUGAAGAAGAAAGAUCGCGUGAAAGUUUACGUCUUGCUGAGAGAGAAGCAGAACGUAAAUAUAGAAAACGAAGACAGAAUGAGGAAAAAGAAGCCCAGAGAAAACUUGAGCUUGCCCAGCAAGGGCAAGCUGAACCAGAAAAAGAGCGACUUCUAAAGGAGCAUGAAGCAAACAUGGCGAAGUUUCAAAAGAAUCUUCAAAACGAACAAGAACGCAUGAAAGCUGCACUUAAGGAAAAAUUGGAAGCACGACGGAAGAAGCGGAAAGAGUCUAAAGAACCAGAAAAUUUACAUAAAAUAUCUAUAGAAAGUUCUCGUGAUGAAAUAGGAAUUGAGCAUGCGCAUUAUGCGUUAACGUCCAGGAUUUUUGAUGAUCAAGCUAAGCAUGAAAACAUGCCUGUUGCUGGUGGUUCUCCAGUUGUGACAGUGGGCCUUGCUGAAAAUUUAACUGAAAGGGAUUUGCUGUCACUUCUUAUGUCUUCCCCUGUAUUGGCAUCUGUUGAUCAAAUAGAAGAACUCUUAAACCAAAAUUCAUUUGCCGGAGGAAACGGAGUUCUUGGAGCCGGCGAAGGAAGACCUUAUAUAGAUCUUAAGGAUGCGCAGUGGAUUUGUUCCGGGGACCUUUAUCCGGUCGAUAUAAACGAGCUCUCACCAGCAAACUUUGUUGUGUACCGUUUUGGUGUGUUUGUCACUCAACUUUUAGAAAACCGUAUGAAUGUACCAUCAGUCACUUUACUUCUUGCAUCAAACAUUCCUCCAAAUAACUAUGAUAAUAACGCAUUCAGAAAUUCAUUUUUCUACGAACAUAGCCGACAGAUUCUAUUUGUCCGUGAGGAACGCCUUCAAUCAGUUGGUGAUUUUAUCGUAGUAAUCAUGCAUUGUUUGGCCCAUAUACUUGUUGGCGACUUAUCUGAUGAUCAGAAUCCAAGUUUCUUACGUGCAUUUUAUAAGGCCAUGAGGAUAUGUUGUCAAGAUUUAUUCUUUGCUCGAGCGCGUUCUACUGAUGCAGCCCACACUUUAGUUAAUAGCAAAACGCCUCUUGAAAACGCCUUCCAACACGUGACCACGAUGUCUGAACGAACCAAUGUUGUCAGUGAGUUGCUCAAUAUUAAAGUUUCAAGUAUUAAUGAUACUGAUUAUUCACCACAGGCUAUUAAUAAACGUAUGAUCGAUCGAAACUCUUACAUGGAUGAUGUAAAAUUGCGUGGAUAUCUAGAAACGCUUCACUCACCCACUAAGGCCACGAAAGAAUUUGCCACGACCCGUCUGCAACAAUUGAAGCCACCGAAUUCAGCUCCAUCAUCAAAAAUUUCUAGGCCAAACGAAAGAUCCAGAAGUAGCUAUAAGUCUCCUAAUGAUUUGCUUCUUGCCCAGCUAAAUGAGCUUCAAAAGCAACUUGAUAAUAAAAAUGCCGAGCUUGUUCAAGUCGUUGAAAAAGAAUCCCAGUUACGAUCGGUGUGUGACGAGGGCGAAUUUGACGUACAUCAAAGGAGUUUGAAAAAGGCUCAGCUUGGUGGAUUUACCAUGAAAAAAGAAAUGUUGCUAAAGAAAAUAACCUUUUUGGAAGACGAAAUUAGCAAGAAAAAGAAAGAAGCUGGCCUUCUAUAAGAUAAUUUUUAACCAUAUUUAUUAAGUACCGUAAAUUGUAAUAUCUGUAGCAGUUGUAGCAGACCAUGUAUAGUAGUACAUUUAGAAUUACUACAAAAUAUAUUUGGUAGGCAUUUUGUUAUUAUUUUAUUUACGUCCUGUCAUGUCUCUAGAUGUCUUAUAAGAAGUAUGGAAACGACUCCGACCAUUUCAAUCCACAAAAAAACGAGGGAAAUAAAGGUGCUUGUGAUGUA